GUGAGUUUAUCACAUUGAUGAGAAGAGAGAGAAAGAUUGACCGUUUAUCUUAUCUUAUUUUUCUUUUUCUUUUCUCUUCUCAUCCCAAACUGAAAUUCAACUCCUCAAACUGAAAAGUGAACAGAGAAAGAAAUGGAGAAUGCGGAGGAGCAGCAGCAGCAAAACGAGGAGGUUUUGUCGGUCGAACUUCCGGCUCCUUCCGGUUGGAAUAAACUGUUCUUCCCUAAGAAAGUGGGAACACCAAGAAAAAGUGAGAUUGUAUUCAUUGCUCCAACUGGGGAGGAGAUCAAUACCAAAAAACAAUUGGAGCAGUACCUAAAGGCACAUCCUGGCAAUCCUGUCAUUUCAGAGUUUGACUGGGGAACUGGUGAGACCCCCAGGCGAUCAGCAAGGAUCAGUGAGAAGGUCAAGUCAACUCCACCAGCAGAUAGUGAUACUCCAAAGAAACGUGCUCGGAAAUCAUCAGGAUCAAAGAAGGAUAACAAAGAAACUGAAUCUGCUUCAGAGGAAGGCAAGGCAAAGUCUGAAACUGAAGAUCCCAAGGCUGCAGAGGAGGAGGAGGAUAAUGAAGGAAACAAUGAUUCUGGAGGAAAGCAACUUGAGAAUGGAGAUAAAACUGAACAAAUUGAUGAAAAAGCCAAGAAGUCAGACGUAGAUAUGGAAGAAACUGAUCUGAAUGAUACUAACAAUAAAUUAGAAAAUGAUUCAGCGGAAAUUAAGAAUAGUCAUGUGAAAGGGGAAAAUGUGAUUACUGAAAAGCCUGAAGGUGAAGAAGCACAAAAGCUUGAAAUUGAACCAGCAGAGAAAGUUGCCGAAGAAGCGGCGGACACUGAAAAAUCCCAAGGGCCCCUACUGACUACUGAAUUAGAAAAAGAAGAGAAUGAGGAGAAAACAGAUACUGUGAUUCUAGAUGCUAAUGGGGGAGUCGAGAAAGAGAAUCCUAAUGCUGCUGCAGAAAUGUAAUGGGGUUAUUUGGAGCUGUGCACAGUGAAACACUUCAACAUUUGUCAUACUGUUGUGUAAGCUGUAGAAAUGUACUGUACUGUUGCCCCAUGACUUUUGUGAUGCUAUUUUAGUUAUUUUGUGGCCUUAUGGAUGACUGUAGUCUCGUAUUUUAUCUAAAGAUUUGGUUUUACUUGCUACCUAGGAUUAGGAAAUUAAAUGACUCUUCUUAUUUUAGUUUAGAUUAGGACAUCUGAUUUUAUGUAGUGCAGCUAUGUAGAUUGUAGACUUCUGUGACACAUUUGUGUUUUCUAGUCAUUUAAAUUUCACAUUCCCCGGAUUUAAGAA